AUGUAUGCCCUCGAACGGUUACUCUACGGGUUUCCCGAACCGACUCUGCACAAACGCAGCAAGCCCGUUGAAGUGCUCUGCUUGGGUUUACCACGCACCGGAACUGAGUCAUUAAGCGUGGCCUUGCGAACCCUGGGCCUGCCAACAUAUCAUGGCUGGGACUUGGUCUUCGAGUCAGAUGGCGGAAAGUUGCAACUUUGUGCUGAGCUACUGCAGCGGAAGUACAGCGGUGCCCGCGAUGGCGAUGUGUGUAUUACCAGUGCGGAAUUCGAUAUUCUCCUUGGUGAUAACCAGGCUGUGGUUGACUCUUUAUCCGUUUUAUUUGCUCCUGAGCUGGUCGCUGCCUAUCCAGAGGCCAAAGUAAUUCUGAACGUGCGUCCUGAUAUUGAUGCCUGGUACCACAGCAUUGAUAAAACAAUCGCCCAAGAGGUUGGUCUAUCGUGGAUUAUGUGGGGAAUGCAGUGGUUCUCCUCCGAGCGUUAUUGGCUCUAUAGUAUCUACCUCAGAUACGGGUUUCCAGGCGUGUUUCGCAGCGUCAGCACCACAGAUGGUAUCCAGCGAAACGCUAAGUGGGUCUAUCGCGACCACUGCAAUAUGGUUCGGGGUAUGGUGCCUAACGAUAAGUUGCUUGAGUGGUCCGUUGAGGAUGGCUGGGAGCCGCUUUGCAAGUUCCUUGAUAAGCCUGUUCCUGAUGAACCCUUCCCUCGAACCAAUAAUCCGACAAACUUCAAGCAGCGCGCGAAUGAAAACAGGAAAAAACGCCUCUUUCAAUGUCUGCGUAACUUGACUCUCACCGCUGUUACUCUAUGCGGGACUACCACUGCCGUUGUGAUGUGGUGGCAGGGACGGAUCCCAGAGGCUACCAGGCUUAGUGAUAUCCUCUGGCGAUACACUAAAAUGAGAUAG